AUGUAUUCAUUCGUGAAACCCACGCUGCUGGUCGCAGCUCUCGUCAGCCUCUCUCAAGCAGCCGAUUACACGGACUGGAUGGCCUCGUCCUUUAUGACCAAGGAUGUCACCUUCUUGCGCAACUACGCCAAUGGCGUUCUCAUACCAGCAUCGAACUCGCCUACAAUAAACCCCAGAACGAUUUGUCGACGAUUGGGAGCCCUGAUUGACUCCCCCGGAAACAAAGUCUCGCCCGACGACAUUCGCCUCGGGUUGAAGCUCUGGCUCUGGACCGUGACGGGUGAGAGCAAGUACAAGACCGCAGCCGAUACUCUCCGUGAGCAUCUCAACUCCACCCCGCGCAACAAUGCAGGUGGAUUUUGGCACCGCAAGCCAACAUUCGAGAAAACCCAGGAUAAGUCGGGUGGCUGGUGGCGUACCAUGGACAAGCCGUACCCACGCGAUCCUCGCAAUUAUAUCGAGAGCAGCGCUACUGCGAUGUGCACGUAUGGAUUCCUCAAAGGGAUUCGCAAGGGAUCUAUCAGAGCAAAGAAUUAUAUGGCUCCAGCGAAGAAGGCGUAUAAUCUGAUGGUAGAUAAAUACGUUGGGAGGAAGGCUGAUGGAACCCUUAACUGGCUUAAAACGGUCGAGGGGGGCAGUCUGGGUAGUAACAGCACAUUUGAAUAUUACAUCUUGGUUCCGGUGGUGCAAGACUAUUAG